CCACUACGUUGAGAGAGAGAGAGAGAGAGAGAUUCGUCAUUUCUUAUCGUGAAAAUGGGUAGCAGAGCGAUUAUGCUCCUCCGAGCUAAUCCGCAGUUGUUCAGCUUCAGGAGCAGCGCUUUUCCGAAAGCAUUUCAAUCGAAAAAGCGGUUUUAUGCGGCCAAGUAUAGCCUCGAGCCGCCGGAUGUUCCGAGUUUGGCUGAGAAAGCUCGGAUUUCUCUCACACCGAAGCAAGUCGAGGAAUUUGCUCCCAAAAUUCGGCAAGUGGUAGACUGGUUUGGGCAGCUUCAGGCUGUGGACCUUCAGAGCAUCGAACCAGCCCUGAGAGCAGAUACCGAAGGUGACAAUUUGCGUGAUGAUGUUCCUCAAGUAUUUGAUAAUAGGGAUGCUAUAAUAGGUGCAGUGCCCAACUAUGAAGAUUCUUAUAUCAAAGUUCCAAAGGUCUUAAAUAAGGAGGAAUAAUAUAGUUGUGUUCCAACCAACUGACUUUUCUCUUCUGUUAAUCAUUUAUGCCGGACAUUUUGAUGGAGUAUAUUAGUCUCUCUCUUCAAGUAAUUUGCUUUUAUGA